UCUCUGGGUCCCCUUUUCCCCCCACCAGGCCGGGCAGGGCAGGGGAGCCCCCCGUGACCCCCCCAGGUUUGACCUGCUCAGGAACCCCUGGAGACCCCCCAAACCCACUCCCGGGUGUCCCGGGGGCCGGGCAGGGGCUGAGGGUGGGGGUCCCCUCCCUCGGCGGGGUCCCGGUGGGGGCGGCGGGGCCGGGGAGGGGCCGCGGGCGGAGCUCCGGGGCCGGGGCGAGCGGGGCUGGAGCCGGGAAGCGGCGCCGCCGCCGCCCCCCCGCAGCCCCCCGGGGGUCCCGGAGCGGACGGAGCCCGGCUCUCGGGGCUGCUCAGGAAGAUGCACUUGUUCCGGAGCUCCAGCUACGAGGUGCGGCUGGAGGGGGCCGGGGGGAGCCUGCCCCUCAUCCAGGGAAUCCGCUGGACCCCGCUCCUGGACUCAGAAUCCAGCCUGGACUAUGGCCACAGCAUCACCCAGGCAUCCUCGGAGAAGAUCUGGAGGGCCGGCAAGCUCCUCUUUGCCCACCUCAGCACCUCCCGGCCCGGCCUCAUCCGCGACCACAAACACCACCUGCGGCACCACCGGCAGUGCUGCUCGGGGAAGGACUUGGUGGAUUGGCUGCUGAGCGCCGGCGUGGCCGUCCAGACGCGCAGCCAGGCCGUGGGCAUCGGGCAGGUGCUGGUGGACGGAGGGGUCCUGACGCACGUGAGGCAGGAGUGGCACUUCCAGGACAAGGACACGCAGUUCUACCGCUUCGCCGAGCUGGAGCUGAGCCCCGAGCCCGGCGCGGGGCCGCGGGACCCCGAGGAGCUGCUGGAGGCUUUGGGGUUCCUGGCCCAGCUGGGCCCCGACGCGCUGCUCUCCAUGGCCCUGCGCAAGCCGCCUGCCCAGCGCACGCAGGACGAGCUGGAGCUGAUCUUUGAGGAGCUGCUUCACAUCAAAGCCGUGGCUCAUCUCUCCAACUCGGUGAAGCGGGAGCUGGCGGCCGUGCUGAUGUUCGAGGGGCACCAGCGUGCAGGCACCGUCCUGUUCAGCCAAGGUGACAAAGGCACUUCCUGGUACAUCAUCUGGAAGGGCUCGGUCAACGUGGUCACCCACGGCAAGGGCUUGGUGGCCCCCCUGCACGAGGGGGAUGACUUCGGGCAGCUGGCGCUGGUGAACGACGCCCCGCGGGCGGCCACCAUCCUCCUGCGCGAGGACAAUUGUCACUUCCUGCGCGUGGACAAGCAGGACUUCAACCGCAUCCUCAAGGACGUGGAGGCCAACACGGUGCGGCUGAAGGAGCACGGCAAGGUGGUGCUGGUGCUGCAGAAGGACCUGCAGGGGGGCAGCGGCCAGGCGGCCUCGGCGCGGAGCAGCAGCAGGUACCUGGUGAUGGCCGGGACGCCCGAGAAGAUCCUGGAGCACCUGCUGGAGUUCAUGAGGCUCGACGCCACCCUCUACGACCCCGUGGACACGCUGCUGGGGGAUUUCCUGCUCACCUACACCGUGUUCAUGCCGACCUCGCAGCUCUGCCGGGCCCUGCUGCACCAUUUCCGCGCGGAGCCGCUGGAGGGCUCGGAGCAGGACAAGGCCACCUACUCCCUGCGGAAGCGGCGGAAAAUCCUGCGGCUGGUCAGCCAGUGGGUGCUGCUCUACGGGCGGCUGCUGCAGGGCGACCGCAGCACCACGGCGCUGCUGCAGAACCUGGCGGAUCUGGCGAGCCGGGACCCCCAGCUGGGCGGGCUGGGCCAGGAGCAGGGCCAGGAGCGGCGGCGGCCCCGAACGCUGGAGAACGGUGACGGCAGCGUGUCCCCCCAGCCCAAGGCCCGGAGCUCGGGAAUGUGGAGCCCCGAGGAGGCGAUCCUGGACAGCACCUGCGCCCUGAGAGCACAGGACAAAGUGCCCUACGAGAUCUUCAGGGCCGACCACUCGUGCCUGGUGUCGGUGCUGCCCGUGAACGCCGCCGUGCGGGACGUCCUGCGGGCCCUGGCGCCGCGGCUGCGCCGGGACCGGGAGCACGUCCUGGUCAAGGUGAACUCGGCCGGAGACCGAGCGGUGCUGCCGCAGGACGCCGUGGGGGUGUUCACGGCUCUGGGCCUCAACGAGAGGCUCUUUGUGGUCAGCAUGGACGAGCUGGGCAACCUGACCCCCCACCCUGAGCAGCUGGGCCCCCACGCCGGCUCCUCGGACACCCUGGACCUGAUCAGCUCCAAGGACCUGGCCAGCCACCUCACUGACUACGACUGGAACCUCUUCAAGAGCAUCCACCAGGUGGAGAUGAUCCACUACAUCGUGGGGCCGCACAAGUUCCGCGAGGUCGCCACGGCCAACCUGGCGCGGGUGCUGCGGCGCUUCAACGAGCUGCAGUUCUGGGUGGCCACCGAGCUGUGCCUGUGCCCCGAGCUCGGGCGGCGGGCGCAGCUCCUCCGCAAGUUCAUCAAACUGGCGGCACACCUCAAGGAGCAGAAGAACCUGAAUUCCUUCUUCGCGGUGAUGUUUGGUGUGAGCAACACGGCCGUGACUCGCCUGGCCAAGACCUGGGAGAGGUUGCCCCACAAGAUCCGGAAGCUGCACUCGGCCCUGGAGAGGAUGCUGGACCCCUCGUGGAACCACCGUGUCUAUCGCCUGGCCGUGGCCAAGCUGAGCCCCCCCAUCAUCCCCUUCGUGCCCCUGCUGCUCAAAGACAUGACCUUCAUCCACGAGGGCAAUCGCACCCUGGCCGAGAACCUCAUCAACUUCGAGAAGAUGCACAUGAUGGCCAAGACCGUGCGAGUCCUGCAGCGCUGCCGGGGCCACGCGCACGCGCCGCUGUCCCCGCUGCGGAGCCGCUCCCCGCACCGGCCCGAGGACGCCAAGGCCGUCAGGAUCUCCACGUGCUCGGAGCAGUCCCUGAGCGUGCGGAACCCCGUGUCCACCUGGGCCUACCUGCAGCACCUGAGGGCCAUCGACAGCCAGAAGGAGCUGCUGAGGCUCUCCCGGGAGCUGGAGCCCUGAGGGGAGAGGGGCUGGAGCGGGGAUGGGGGCCUGGAGCGGGGAUGGGGGACCAGAGCAAGGAUGGGGACCCAGAACAGGAAUGGAGGCCCAGAGCAGGGAUGUGGGCCUGGAACGAGGAUGGGGGUCCAGACCAAGUACGGGGCCUGGAAUGGGGAUGGGGGCUCAGGGCAAGGAUGGGGGCCCAGGGCAAGGACGGAGGACCAGAGCAGGGAUGGGGGCCCGGCUGCCGGCGGCAGGGCAGCCCCUGGCUCUGCUCCCGGUGGUGGGGCAGCCCCUGGCUCUGCUCCCGGUGGUGGGGCAGCCCCUGGCUCUGCUCCCGGUGGCCCCAGGCUGUGCUGGAGCAGCCCCAGAGCUCGGCCAUGGACUCAGACCCGGCCCCGUGGGGCAGCCGGGCCCCGCUGAGCUGUGGGCAGGUGAGGGCAGAGCAAUAGAGGUAUUUUUGUA